AUGAAGAAUGCUACAAGGAAGCAGGCUAGGGCUGUAACACGGGUGUUUUGGGACAUCAAUCUGUGUCCGGUUCCCUCUGGCUUUAGUCCUCGUCGGGUCCGUCCGUGUAUCAAACGGUUUUUGGAGAAAUAUGGAUACUAUGGUCCUCUCACCAUCAUUGCUGCUGGCGUACUAACAGACGUCCCUGUUGACAUCCUUAGAGAAGUCUUUUCCAGUGGAAUCUCUCUUACUAACGUGCCCUAUGGUUCCUCAGACACGGCGGAGCUUGUUUUUACGCUUACAUAUGAGGAUCCAGCUCUAGCGAAUAUAAUGGUCAUAUCCGAUCCCAAUUUCUUCCCUGAUAUUUCACCCGUGUCCCUACGAUUCUCUUCAAAGCCUUCUUCAGAAAGGUGUGUGUAUUCGGGGAGACGUGAGGAGAAAACAGAAACAGGUGUAUCUGCCUGCUGGAAUUGCUGGUUAUGCUGCCGUGAUCCUCCUGGCCAUGACUUUGAAAAUUUCGCCACGCAUCUCUACGAUGAAGAACAUCAGCAGCUGAUGUUGGACCUACCACCUAACGAUAAUGAUGUUACGCGCCCCGUUUAUUUUGAUCGAACUCUCAUGGUGAGGAAGCAACCAAAGUCAUUUUCCCUUUCUCACUUGGAUGUGCAUUUUGUUAUCAAUCAGGCGUGGGACUGGUUGCCUCUUACAAGAGCUAAAAGAUCAGAGGCUCUAACAUUGGUCUUUUGGGACAUCAAUACGUGUCCGGUUCCCCAUUCCUGUGAUGCUCGUCUGGUUGGUCCGCGCAUUAAACGGUUUCUGGAGAAGAAAGGCUGCUUUGGUCCUCUUACCAUCAUUGCAGUUGGCUUAUUAACCGACCUCCCUAUUGACAUCCUGAGGAGAGUCUAUUCCAGUGGAAUCUUUCUUACCAACGUCCCUUACGGUUCUCAAACAGAUUCCACAGACACUGAGCGUCUCAUUUCUGAGUUUAUCGCUAGCUAUCCACAUCCAGCUAACAUAAUGGUCAUAUCCGAUUCAAAAAUCUCUUCUUCUCAUCAAUCCUAUCUAGAAAGGAUGGGAUACAACCUUCUUCAAUAUGAUUCUCUUGAAAGAUUUCUUCCGGCAGAUUCAGGGGGACUUAAGGAGUAUAAGUGCUGUGAAACGGGUGAAUCUGCCUACUGGUUUUGCUCAUUAUGCCAAAGCGGUGUUGCUAACAACGGCUUUGAUAAUUUCACCAUGCAUAUCUCUAGCGGACAACACCAACAGGAGUUGUUGGACCUGGACCUGUUGCCUACUCCACCAAGUAAGGGUCCUGAGAAAAACCUUGAGGCUGUAACAUCGGUCUUUUGGGACAUCAAUAGGUGUCCGGUUCCCACUGGCUUUGAUCCUCGUCUGGUCGGUCCGAGUAUCAAACGGUUUCUGAAGAAUAGUGGCUACUCUGGUCCUCUCACCAUCACUGCUGCUGGCGUACUACAAGACGUCCCUAAUGACAUCCUGAGAGGAGUCUAUGCCGGUGGAAUCUCUCUAGAUAACAGUAAAGUCAUCUACAGACCCUCAGACAUUGAAGAUAGUGUUUUACGUUAUACCUUCAGUAAUCCACCUCCAGCUAAUAUAAUGGUCAUAUCCGAUCCGGAAGUCUUCCCGUUGAUUGCUCGCUACUUAGAAUCGAAGGGAUACAGCUUUCUUUCUGAGUCUUCUAUUCAUCAUCUGACAGAUUCAGCAGGGGCACUUGAGGAGGAUAAUAAGUGCAGUGAAACGGGUGAAUCUGCCAGCUGGAUGUGCUCUGUUUGCUGCGAAGAUGUUGAAGAGAAAGGCUUUGAAGAAUUCAUUACGCAUCUCUCUAGUAGAGCACAUCAACGGAAGAUGUUGGACUUCUUACCUAUGAAUGUUCGGUUUUCUCGUCAGGAGCAUGGUGGCGAAUCAAGCAAAGGCAAGUUUUAAUAUCUGAUUAACGUUUGGGGAUUUCUAAUCUCUAGAAUCUUGGGAGUUUACUUUAUGAAUAUGAAAAACUAAAACAUUGUAGGGAACGUGAACAAGAACAAAAACAAGAGGAAGAGGAAGAAUUACAAGAAUUACUGAAUAAGAAGUCCCCCUUGAUGUUGUUCUUCUCUAAGGAGUUAGUAGCUGCAAAUGUUUGGUUAACUUGUGAAGACCAUCGGAAGUUACCAAUCAUGUAGUCAGUGUUUCUUUAUAAAGUGAGAAAAGAAGUAGCAGACAAAAUGCAGUUUUCCAAAGUUAAAACACAACAUUGUGAUUUGAGCAAAAGAAGACCAAACCAAAAAAAAAAACCAUUGAAAUAAUUCAAGAA